GUUCUUAUUAUCCCUCAGUGAUACAACAGAGGCAGAGGGGAGUGGUUAGAAAACUGUAUGUCCCAGAGAUCGCGACGGCAACCGAACUUGAAUCUAGGAACAUGGCAGCGCGGUCAAGCCAGUCAUGUACAGCUCUGGAGCGGUCAAUCCGGGAGCGGGUCCCGACGCUUCUCACGGACCUCUACCAGUUCACCAUGGCAUAUGCCUACUGGCGGGCGGGCAGGCACAACGAGCCCGCCGUUUUCGAGUUGUUCUUCCGCGACAACCCGUUCGGUGGCGGCUUCUCGCUCUUCUCUGGACUGCACGACUGCCUCCUGUUUCUGCGGAGCUUUCGAUUCACGGACGAAGGUGAGGUAAUGACGUUAAGUUCUCUAGAGAGCAAAUGUCAGUGAAUAAAACUUUAAGGCAAAGCAAAUUAGCCACAUUAUAAUUCAUAUAUUUAUUUUUAUAUAGCCUAUGGUUUCCUUUCUAUAAUAUUUAUUCGAUAUUUGUGUCACCUUGAUUGCGCAAUGAGGGAUAAAGCCAAUACCAGGACCCUGGUGGGAGUGGAAAUGGAUAACACUUUAUGUACUCGGUGAACUUUGCAACCACUCCACUGAACUUCAACUGACACCGGUGAUCUUUUCCUCGUGAGUCUCCUGGGUUGUCAGGCAUGUGCCCGAAAUGGCACCCUAUUCCCUAUUUAGUGUUCAUAGACCAGUCAAAAGUAGUGCACUAUAUGGUGAAUUGGGUGCCAUUUGGCCCGGGAUAUAGCCUAUCCUGUUAAGAGGUCAGAGCUCUACCAGAGUUUAAAGUUACCUACCUACCGACACGCACAGAUUACUACCAGGUAAUAACCAGUCACAGUGGCGACCCGUCAGAGCGCAACCUGUUUUGAGCCCCACGUGUUUAGCCUGUUUUGCAUGUUAUUUUGGCAUUAAUAGGUGUCACAUAUCAAUUUGCAAACAAUGUAAAUAAUAAUGUAUUGAGUUAAUAAAGCCUCAUACAAACAUGCCUAUUUUUUGCUUUCUUGAGUAAGGCAGCUCCAAAAUGUAGGUGUUUCAGCCUAGCUCAGUGCUUUCUGUGGUGGAGGGGCAGCCAGGUAGAAAAUACAGAGCAUAGGAGUUGGUCAUCUUCUGUAGUUGGCGCAGUGUUCUGUCACUCAUUGGGACACUAUGUCACCGCAAAAUCUACAGGGAGAGCUAGAAAGUUCAAGCCCGCUUGGGUGAUGCCAUAGAUUUACAUUAGAAGUGCCCAUCCAAGAAGGCUCAAGGUCAUUGGCCACAAAUAAAAUGACUUCAAAUCACUUUAUAUCUACCGUAGCUUUGAUUGGACUGAUCAUGUCAACAUCAUACUUUCAAAAUCUUUUCUAGCAAGCUAGACAAGCAGUCAUCAUCAUGAAUCACGUGGACAAUCUACUGGCAAAUCCUUUUCAAUCCUUGUUAUAUGAAGAUAAAUUAUAGAUAAAACGUAUUGUGUGCUCAUCAGCCAUUGGAUAUAAACAUUACACAACAAGUUGGAAAUCUCAAAUUCAACAAUGAGUGGUUUGGAAGGAAUCAGUGGCUAACUGCAAGCGUUGCAAAGCUAUCACUAUUUUGCUGUGUGGUCCAAGUCUUGGUUGAAGGGUCUCUUCUCCAAGCGUAAAAGGAUAAACAUUCACACGCAACACCAUGGGCCAGAAAAAGGUUGAAUACAUUGGCCAUGCUGUCAAUCCAGCAUGACUUCUGCCGCGUUCAAAACGACUAGAAACUCUGAACUGGGAAAUCUCAGACUUCAGUGAGUUCAAGACAACUGGGAACUUGGAAAAAAAAACUAGCUUCGACUGGUAAAAUACGUUUUGAACGAUCAUCCAUCUCGGAAUUUCAAGUCGGGAACUCUGGCCUCUUUCUAGAGCUCCGACCUGAAGAUCACUGACGUCAUGAUUCAACCUUGUUUUUUUUCCGAGUUCCCAGUUGUCUUGAAAGCACCAUAAAUCCAGGGAAUGCCAGACUAAUUUUCCCACAAGAAGGACCGCCACGCCACCUUCCUGUUCAUGUGAGCACAGCACAAUGGUGAGUCCAAAAAGUAUUGUAUGCCACUGCAUAAAUGAUGUAAUAUGCCAGGGAGAUAUGCAUACUGUAGCUAAGAAAGUAAUACUAAGUGUAUGUUGUGUAGGAAGCAGUUAGUAGCCCAUGUGCCUCUCCCUAAUAAUUUGGUCCCUUUCCCCCUCAUAAUUUAGCCUACUGUUCUGACUUGGUAGUGCACAUGUAGCCUAUAGCCUGUUUUAGAGUAAUUCAUUGUCUGCUUAUAUGCCCCCUUUAUUUAUACUACGGUUCUGACUUGGUGUACAGGGAGAAUACUGUAAGAACGGCCCGUGUUCUGAAUUCUGUCGCUGCACAUUUCAAAAGUGCUGAACAAAUAGUUAUACUGACUACAUCCAUCUUAGCUCGCUCAUUAAUGUCAUAAUCUAAUGACUAAAAUGAAAUGAAAAUGAAUAAUCGAAAUUAUGGAUUGCCUCUUAUCCGCUCAUCGUUCCCUUAUGCCAUAGUUUGUACAUCUCAAUUGUCAGUAGAAACCACAUUUGUUUAAGCAAGUCAGCUCAACAGCUGUUUUAAAAAAAGGCAGUAAAUGAGGCUGAAUUAACUGUUUCGCUGCCAGACAAGGCUCCGCUGAUAUCCAGGUGUAGCGGUGGUAAGGAUUCACUCCAUGGUGCGAAAAAGAAAGCUCUGCUGUUGGGACAGCUUUAUGUAGGCCCUAACAGUUUAUGGGCACCGUUUGUCAUCGUUAUAGUGCAAUUAACCAAGAUUUACAUGCUAAAUUGCCACUGGUAAUAACUAAUGUCAAGGGUAUGGGAAAAAUAUAUACUAGCAAGGCAGGUUUGUGAUUAGACCUAUAGGCUCUAGCCCAGUGAGCCUAUAACAACAACACAAAGUCAACAACACAAAGUCUAGAGCAGGGAAGGGCAACUGGGGGGGAGGGGGGCCUCAGUUGGGGUCUCAACUUACUGUUGCGAUAGAAAACAAAAGGUGCAAUUUCGAAAUUUGGUUGUGCAUCAACAGUUUUUCUCUUGUUAUGCCAGUCACUAAUAGUCACUCAAUUACCCCAUGUCAGCUAUAUGUUUUUAGAUUUAUAAAUGAUUCUAGCGGCCAGCUAUCUAAACCUGUAGUAUUCAAGGUCGAAUUAGAGCCCGGGGGCCCCACUGAUUUUGUUAGUCAGUCUCACUCAGAGACAGGAUCAUACUGUAUUAAAAACUGCAACCAUUUCUUUCCAUCUUAUGGCAAAAUGUGUAAAACUGCUCAUCUUCCUCUCUGUCCAAUGGCAAAAUGAGUUGAAUUUCACAAAAUUAACUCUAAAACUUACAAAUCUGCAUGAAAUUAGAUAGUAAAAUUGCAAAAUCUUCUCUCCGCCCCAUGGCAAAAUGUGUAGAAUUGCAGCAAACUAGCUUUUAUUACAAGCAGGCUUGACUACUGUAAUGCUCUCCUGUUUGGUCUACCCAAGAAAGCCAUUGGUCAACUGCAAAACUUACAGAAUGCUGCAGCACAGGUACUCACCAAGCACACAUUACACCGGUUUUAAAGUCUCUGCACUGGCUGCCUGUGAGUUUUAGAAUUAAUUGUAAGAUUCUUCUAUUUGUUUUUAAAUUAAUCCACGAUUAUGCACCACAAUACAUGUCAAACAUGCUUUUUAGUUAUGUACCAAGUAGGUCCCUCAGGUCCUCUGGCACUGGCCUUUUAACUAUCCCAAAGCCUAGGACCAACUGCGGCCCCUCAUGAUGAGUUUAUAAUAAUAAUAAUAAUAUGCCAUUUAGCAGACGCUUUUAUCCAAAGCGACUUACAGUCAUGCGUGCAUACAUUAUUUUAUUUUUUUGUGUAUGGGUGGUCCCGGGGAUCGAACCCACUACCUUGGCGUUACAAGCGCCGUGCUCUACCAGCUGAGCUACAGAGGACCACACUAGUUCAGUCUAGAGUCUUGCAUAAAAGCUUUCCUUUUCUCCCCCUCUCACUUUCUCCCUCUUGCCCCCUCUCCCCCUCGCCCCCGCUCCCUCUCUUCACCUCUCCUCUCGCCCCCUCUCCCUCUUUCCCUCUCUCCCUCUUGCCCUCUUGCCCUCUCCCUCUCGCCCCCUCUCCCUCUUUCCCCCUCUCUCCCUCUCCUUCUCUCAUGUGGUCUUAUGAGAUUAGCUGUAUUAGAUUCAUAUGAGGUGUGUGAGAGAGAGGGGGGGGGGGGGGGGGUGAAUGACUACCUUGUUCAGACACUAAACUGUAAGCAUGUUUCACGUUCCCUGGGCCAAACCACGGUGUUUGUAGAUGUCGUAAUAACAGUUGUCAUUGAGAUCAUUAGGCAGAUUACUUUUCUUGGAAAGCCAAUAGUAGGCCAAAUAUUAUUCCACAUGCCAGUAUGUUAGAAAAGUUGUGUGUUGACGUGUACAAAAAUCUGUUUAUUUCAUACGUCAUGAGUAGUGUGUUGUUGUGUAGACGUGUGUUAUUACGGUACUGAUUAUACGUUGCUCCAGAUAAUAGGGUCUGCUAAAUGACUAACAUGUAAAUUAUGAUUAUGUUAUUGAUUAUGUGUAACAAAGUAUAACUGUGUUAUAGACGUGGAGUACCUGCGUUCCGUCCUGCCCCCAGCCACUGACCCCGCCUUCUUCCUGUUUCUACGGGAACUGGACUGUUCCGGUGUCACAGUCCACUCUGUCCCCGAGGGAACGGUGGUCUUUGCCAGGGUGAGACAACAACAGGGGUUAUACUCAGGGUCAUCCCCAGGCAGGGUUGGAAUUAUACAUUGACUCUUGGGGUGCCCAAUGUCUUGGGGUGUCCAAUGCCUCUUGGGGGUGCCUGAUCGGACCAGCCCCCUGUAACUCGAACCAUGCCCCAAGGGUUAAAUUCAUAGAAAUAUAAUCUAGUCCUUCUAUUUAUAUGGUUACACUCAGGGAUAGUUCACCCCAAAGGGCCAGAGGUCAGGAGUUAGAUUCAGGGACUCACCCCCAGGGGUCAGGAUUAUGACUGAUUUGAUUGAUUGAUGAUUGAUUGAUUGAUUGAUUGAUUCACCUGUGCUGCUCCUCUGUAUGAAGGUGCCUCUGAUGGAGGUGUCUGGUCCUCUGGCUGUGGUUCAGCUACUGGAGACCAGCCUGCUGUGUCUGGUCAACUAUGCCAGGUAAGGACACACUUCCCCCUCAGGAAGUUGAAAACGUUUGGCAUGGGCCCUCAAAUCCUCAAAAAGUUCAACAGCUGCACUAUUGAGAGCAUAUUGACUGGCUGCGUCACUGCUUGGUAUGGCAACAGCACUGCCCUCGAUUCCAUGGCGCUACAGAGGGUGGUGUGGACAGCCCAGUACAUCACUGGGGCCGAGCUCCCUGCCAUCCAGGACCUCUAUAUCAGGCGGUGUGAAAGGAAGGCCCGGAAAAUUGUUAAAGACUCCAGCCACCCAAGCCAGACUGUUCUCUCUGCUUCGGCACGGCAAGCGGUACCGGUGCAUCAAGUCUGACACCAACAUGCUCCUGAACAGCUUCUAUCCCCAAGCCGUAAGGCAGCUAAAUAGCUAACAGAAUGGCUACAAGUACUAUCUGAGUUGACUGUUGUAUUAUUUUCUUUUUCUCUAUGCAAACUCACGGGAUUCUACACACUCAUGCACACUGACACUCCCAAACACACAUAACAUGCACAUACAUUUAUAUUGGCUCUACACACACACUCACAUACAAUCAUAAUUUACGUUGAUGCUACUCUGUUUAUCAUAUAUACUGAUGCCUAGUCAUCUUACCCCUAUACAUACACUAUAUAUACAAAAGUGUGUGGACAUCCCUUCAAAUGAGUGGAUUUGGUUAUUUCAGCCAUACCCGUUGCUGAUAGGUGUAUAAAAUCGAGCACACAGCCAUGCAAUCUCCAUAGAUGAACAUUGUCAGUAGAACAGUGGUGGAAAAAGUACCCAAAUGUCAUACUUGAGUAAAAGUAAAGAUACCUAAAUAGAAAAUGACUCAAGUGAAAGUCACCCAGUAAAAUACUACUUGCGUAGAAGUCUAAAAGUAUUUGGUUUUAAAUAUACUUAAGUAUCAAAAGUAAAAUUAUAAAUCAUUUCACAUUCCUUAUAUUAAGCAAACCAGACGGCACGAUUUUCUUGUUUUAUUAUUCUAUGGAUAGUCAGGGGCACACUCCAACACUCAGACAUAAUUUACAGAUAGCCAGGGGCACACUCCAACACUCAGACAUAAUUUACAAACGAAGCAUUUGUGUUUAGUGAGUCUGCCAGAUAAGAGGCAGUAGGGAUGACCAGGGAUGUUUUCUUGAUGUGUGUGAAUUGGACCAUUUUCCUUUUCUGCUAAGCAUUCAAAAUGUAACGAGUACUUUUGGGUGUCAGGAAAAAUAUAUGGAGUAAAAGGUACACAUUUUCUUUAGGAAUGUAGUGGAGCAAAAGUAAAAGUUGUCAAAAAUAUAAAUAGUAAAGUACUUUGAAGUAUUUUUACUUAAGUACUUUACACCCCUGCAGUAGAAUGGCCUUACUAAAGAGCUCAGUGACUUUCAACUUGGCACCGUCAUAGGAUGCCACCUUUCCAACAACUCAGUUUGUCAAAUUUCUGCCCUGCUAGAGCUGCCCCGGUCAACUGUAAGUGCUGUUAUUGUGAAGUGGAAACAUCUAGGAGCAACAACUUCUCAGUCUGAAAAGUCAUAGUCAAUCGAUCAAUAAUAUAAUAAUACUUUUAGCAAAAAUGUUUAUUUUCAAUUUACAAUCUGUAGAAACAAUGAGAAUAGAAAGGUUCAGAACUUUUGUAAAACAUCUGUCAGGGUGUCAGUGUGUUGCGGUAGGACGAAGUCAGGUGCAGGACACAGAGUUAAUCGAAAACGUACUUUACUCGUAGGUAACGUAAAUAACAUAACCUCCACGCAGGGAGGAAACAAACCCACUCACCAGACGACAAGCAAACAUGAACAAACACGCACAACAUACAGUGGGAGCCAGAGGGUUAAAAAGGGAAGUAAUCAAUACCUAAUGGGAACCCGGUGUGAACAAUAAAGACAAGACAAGUAGAACACAGAAACAUAGAUCGGCAGCAGCUAGUACUCCGGUGACGACGAACGCCGAAGCCUGCCCGAGCAAGGAGGAGGAGCAGCCUCGGCUGAAUCCGUGACAGUACCCCCCCCCCCCCCCCCCCCUCCCCCCUUGACGCGCUGCUCCAGCCGUGCGCCGACACCGGCCUCGGGGACGGCCAGGAGGACGCGGCGCAGGGCGAGUCGGAUGGCGAUGGUGGAAAUCCCUCAACAUGGAGGGAUCGAGGAUGUCCCUCCUAGGGACCCAGCACCGUUCCUCCGGACCGUACCCCUCCCACUCCACGAGAUACUGCAGGCCCCCCACCCGACGCCUCGAAUCCAGGAUGGAACGGACCGAGUACACCGGUGCCCCCUCGAUGUCCAGUGGGGGCGGAGGAACCUCCCGUACCUCAGACUCCUGGAGUGGACCAGCUACCACCGGCCUGAGGAGAGACACAUGGAACGAGGGGUUAAUACGGUAAUUCAGAGGAAGCUGUAACCUAUAACAAACCUUGUUCAUUGUCCUCAGGACUUUAAAUGGCCCCACAAACCGCCGACCCAGCUUCCGGCAGGGCAGGCGAAGGGGCAGGUUUCGGGUCGAGAGCCAGACCCGGUCCCCCGGUGCAUACACCGGUGCCUCACUGCGGUGGCGGUCGGUGCUCGCCUUUUGUCGCCUGAUGGCCCGCUGCAGGCGUACAUGGGUAGCGUUCCUUGUCUCUUCCGAGCGCCGAAACCACUCAUCCACCGCAGGAGCCUCGAUCUGGCUCUGAUGCCAAGGUGCCAGGACCGGCUGAUAACCUAACACACACUGAAAGGGAGUAAGGUUACUGGAUGAGUGGCGGAGUGAGUUUUGGGCCAUCUCUGCCCAGGGGAUAAAACCCGACCACUCCCCCGGCCGGUCCUGGCAAUAGGACCGCAGAAACCUACCCACAUCCUGGUUAACUCUCUCCACCUGCCCAUUACUCUCGGGGUGAAAACCUGAGGUCAGGCUGAUCGAGACCCCCAGACAUUCCAUGAACGCCCUCCAGACUCUUGAGGUGAACUGGGGACCCCGAUCCGAUACAAUAUCCUCAGGCACCCCAUGGUGCCGGAAGACGUGUGUAAAUAGGGCCUCAGCAGUUUGUAGGGCCAUAGGGAGACCUGGCAUAGGAAUGAGACGGCAGGACUUAGAAAACCGAUCCACAACGACCAGGAUCGUGGUGUUCCCUUGUGAGGGAGGAAGGUCCGUAACAAAAUCAACCGAUAGAUGGGACCACGGCCGUUGUGGAACGGGUAGGGGUUGUAAUUUCCCUCUGGGCAGGUGUCUAGGUGCCUUACACUGGGCGCACACCGAGCAGGAUGAAACGUAAACCCUCACGUCCUUGGCUAAAGUGGGCCACCAGUACUUCCCACUAAGACAGUGCGCUGUCCGACCGAUGCCAGGAUGACCAGAGGAGGGUGACGUGUGAGCCCAAUAGAUCAAUCGAUCGCGAACCUCGAGCGGCACGUACAUACGACCCUCUGGACACUGGGGGGGAGUGGCCUCGGUACGUAACGCCCGCUCGACGUCCGCGUCAACCUCCCACACCACCGGUGCCACCAGAAACGACGCCGAAAGUAUGGGAGUGGGCUCAAUGGACCUCUCCUCUGUGUCAUACAGUCGGGACAGGGCGUCUGCCUUAGCGUUCUGGGAACCUGGUCUGUAAGUAAGAGUAAACACAAAACGAGUGAAGAACAUGGCCCACCUUGCCUGGCGAGGGUUCAAUCUCGUCGCCGCCCGGAUGUACUCCAGAUUGCGAUGGUCAGUCAAAAUGAGGAAAGAGUGUUUAGCCCCCUCAAGCCAAUGCCUCCACACUUUCAGAGCCUUAACCACAGCUAACAGCUCCCGGUCCCCCACAUCAUAUUUGCGCUCCGCCGGACUGAGCUUCUUAGAAAAGAAAGCACAGGGGCGGAGCUUUGGUGGCGUACCCGAGCGCUGAGACAGUACAGCUCCUAUCCCAGCCUCGGACGCGUCCACCUCAACCUGGAAUGCUAAGGAGGGAACCGGAUGAGCCAGCACUGGAGCCGAGGUAAACAGGUCCUUCAGAUGACCAAAAGCCCUGUCCGCCUCAGCUGACCACUGCAGUCACACCGGUCCCCCCUUCAGCAAGGUGGUAAUGGGAGCCGCUACCUGACCAAAGCCCCGGAUAAACCUCCGGUAGUAGUUGGCAAAACCCAAAAAUCGCUGCACCUCCUUCACCGUGGUUGGAGUCGGCCAAUUACGCACGGCCGAAAUGCGGUCAAUCUCCAUCUCCACCCCUGAUGCAGACAGGCGGUGCCCUAGGAAGGAGAUGGACUCUUGGAAGAACAGACAUUUCUCCGCCUUCACAUACAGGUCAUGCUCCAACAGUCGACCAAGCACUUGACGCACCAGGGACAUAUGCUCGGCCCGUGUAGUGGAGUAUAUGAGAGUGUCAGCAAUAUACACCACUACACCCUGUCCGUGCAGGUCCCUGAAAAUCUCAUCCACAAAGGAUUGGAAGACUGAUGGAGCAUUCAUCAACCCGUAUGGCAUGACGAGGUACUCAUAGUGCCGUGAGGUGGUACUGAAUGCUGUCUUCCACUCUUCUCCCUCCCGGAUACGCACCAGGGUGUACGCGCUCCUGAGAUCCAAUUUUGUGAAGAAGCGCACCCCGUGCAAUGACUCCGUCAUACUAGCAAUGAGUGGUAGUGGACAACUGUACUUGAUAGUGAUCUGAUUGAGACCCCGGUAGUCAAUGCACGGGCAUAAACCUCCAUCGUUCUUCUUCACAAAAAAGAAACUCGAGGAGACAGGUGAAGUGGAUGGCCGAAUGUAUCCCUGCCCCAGAGAUUCGGAGACAUAUGUCUCUAUAGCCGCCGUCUCUUCCUGUGACAGGGGAUACACGUGACUCCGGGGAAGUGCAGCGCCUACCUGGAGAUUUAUCGCACAAUCCCCCUGUCGAUGGGGUGGUAAUUGAAUCGCCUUCUUUUUAAGGCGAGAGACAAAUCGGCAUAUUCAGGGGGAAUGUGCAUAGUGGAGACCUGGUUUGGACUUUCCACCGUAGUUGCCCCUAUGGAAACACCUACACACCUCCCAGAGCACUGACUUGACCAUCCCUUGAGAGCCCUCUGUUGCCAUGAAAUCGUGGGGUCAUGAAAAGUUAACCAGGGAAGCCCCAACACCACUGGAAACGCAGGAGAAUCAAUCAGAUAGAGACUAAUUUUCUCCUCAUGACCCUCCUGCGUUUUCUUCCAGAGUGGAGCUGUGACCUCCCUAAUCAGGCCUGACCCUAAAAGGUGACUAUCUAAGGUGUGUACAGGGAAGGGCACAUCAACAGGAACAAUAGGAAUCCCUAAACUACGGGAAAACUGACGAUCAAUAAAGUUCCCAGCUGCGCCUGAAUCUACGAGCGCCUUAUGCUGGGAAUGAGGGGAAAACUCUGGAAAUACAAUAUCAAUACACAUAUGCGCAACAGGGAGCUCUGGGUGAGUCGGGUGCCUACUCACCUGAGACGGUCCACCAGUGCUCUGCCUACCGCCUCGACUCCUGAAAGACCCUCCCCAGCACCGACCAGCAGUGUGUCCUCCGCGGCCACAGUUGGUGCAGGAGAUGGUUCUCCUUUCGGUCUCCCUAAGAGCAGCACCUCCGAGCUCCAUUGGAGUAGGGUCGAAGGUGCUGGGGGAUGGAAUGGACGGCCCCUGAUCUGGACGUCUGCAGGUUGCCAACAGGUUAUCCAGCCUUAUUGACAUGUCCACCAGUUGGUCCAGGUUAAGGGUGGUGUCCCUGCAGGCCAGUUCCCGAUGAACGUCCUCCCGGAGGCUGCAUCGGUAGUGGUCGAUCAGGGCCCUCUCAUUCCAUCCUGCGCUGGCAGCCAGAGUCCUGAAAUCCAGUGCAAAGUCCUGUGCGCUCCUCCUCCCCUGUCUGAGGUGGAAUAGACGUUCCCCCACCGCUCUCCCCUCCGGUGGAUGAUCGAAUACCGCCCGAAAGUGGCGGGUGAAAUCCUCAUAGCGUACUGAUGCUGCGUCUAUUCCUCCCCACUCGGCGUUGGCCCACUCAAGUGCUCUUCCAGACAGACAGGAGAUGACAUGCUCUCGUAUCCCGAGGGAGCCGGGUGGAUGGUUGCCAGGUAGAGCUCUACCUGGAGCAGAAAACCCUGGCACCUGGCAGCUGUACCAUCGUAUGCCCUCGGGAGCGAGAGCCGAAUCCCACUGGACCCAGGUGACGAAGGGGUGGACAGCGGUGUGGGUGGUUGUGUAGUUGGAGGAGGUGUAGGACCAUCACCUCUCUCCCAUCGCUCCAUAGUGUUCAACAUGCGCUCCAUUGCGGUGCAGAGAGUCUGGAUCAUGGUCGCCUGCUGUUGGACACGUUCCUCCAUUGAUCCGGACUAAAUGAAUGUACCUGCUGACUCCAUAAUAAGGUGCGUGUUUCUGUCAGGGUGUCAGUGUGAUGCGGUAGGACGAAGUCAGGCGCAGGACACAGAGCUAAUUGAAAAUGUACUUUACUCAUAGGUAACGUAAAUAACAUAACCUCCACGCAGGGAGGAAACAAACCCACUCACCAGACGACAACCAAACAUGAACAAACACGCACAACAUACAGUGGGAGCCAGAGGGUUAAAUAGGGAAGUAAUCAAUACCUAAUGGGCACCAGGUGUGAACAAUAAAGACAAGACAAGUAGAACACAGAAACAUAGAUCGGCAGCAGCUAGUACUCCGGUGACGACGAACGCCGAAGCCUGCCCAAGCAAGGAGGAGGAGCAGCCUCGGGCUGAAUCUGUGUCAACAUCACAGUACAGUUGAAAAAUAUAUGGCAAAUAGAAAUCCGAUAUGGAUGGUGUUAAGAGAUAGAUGGGAGGUGUUGAAUGGAGCUGAAGGAUGGGACUAAUAACAACAACUAAUAACAACAAGAUAACUAAUGUAAAGCAUACUGUGUACACUGCUCAAAAAAAUAAAGGGAACACUUAAACAACACAAUGUAACUCCAAGUCUAUCACACUUCUGUGAAAUCAAACUGUCCACUUAGGAAGCAACACUGAUUGACAAUACAUUUCACAUGCAAAUGGAAUAGACAACAGGUGGAAAUUAUAGGCAAUUAGCAAGACACCCCCCAAUAAAGGACUGGUUUUGCAGGUGGUGACCACAGACCACUUCUAUAAUAAUAAUAAUAAUAUAAUAUGCCAUUUAGCAGACGCUUUUAUCCAAAGCGACUUACAGUCAUGCGUGCAUACAUUUUUUUUGUGUAUGGGUGGUCCCGGGGAUCGAACCCACUACCUUGGCGUUACAAGCGCCGUGCUCUACCAGCUGAGCUACAGAGGACCACCUUCUCAGUUCCUAUGCUUCCUGGCUGAUGUUUUGGUCACUUUUGAAUGCUGGCGGUGCUUUCACUCUAGUGGUAGCAUGAGGGAGUCUACAACCCACACAAGUGGCUCAGGUAGUGCAGCUCAUCAAGGAUGGCACAUCAAUGCGAGCUGUGGCAAGAAGGUUUGCUGUGUCUGUCAGUGUAGUGUCCAGAGCAUGGAGGCGCUACCAGGAGACAGGCCAGUACAUCAGGAGACGUGGAGGAGGCCGUAGGAGGGCAACAACCCAGCAGCAGGACUGCUACCUCCGCCUUUGUGCAAGGAGGAGCAGGGGGAGCACUGCCAGAGCCCUGCAAAAUGACUUCCAGCAGGCCACAAAUGUGCAUGUGUCUGCUCAAACGGUCAGAAAUAGACUCCAUGAGGGUGGUAUGAGGGUCCGACGUCCACAGGUGGGGGUUGUGCUUACAGCCCAACACUGUGCAGGACGUUUGGCAUUUGCCAGAGAACACCAAGAUUGGCAAAUUCGCCACUGGCGCCCUGUGCUCUUCACAGAUGAAAGCAGGUUCACACUGAGCACAUGUGACAGACGUGACAGAGUCUGGAGAUGCCGUGGAGAACGUUCUGCUGCCUGCAACAUCCUCCAGCAUGACCGGUUUGGCGGUGGGUCAGUCAUGAUGUGGGGUGGCAUUUAUUUGGGGGGCCACACAGCCCUCCAUGUGCUCGCCAGAGGUAGCCUGACUGCCAUUAGGUACCGAGAUGAGAUCCUCAGACCCCUUGUGAGACCAUAUGCUGGUGCGGUUGGACCUGGGUUCCUCCUAAUGCUAGACCUCAUGUGGCUGGAGUGUGUCAGCAGUUCCUGCAAGAAGAAGGCAUUGAUGCUAUGGACUGGCCCGCCCGUUCCCCAGACCUGAAUCCAAUUGAGCACAUCUGGGACAUCAUGUCUCGCUCCAUCCACCAACGCCACGUUGCACCACAGACUGUCCAGGAGUUGGCGGAUGCUUUAGUCCAGGUCUGGGAGGAGAUCCCUCAGGAGACCAUCCGCCACCUCAUCAGGAGCAUGCCCAGGCGUUGUAGGGAGGUCAUACAGGCACGUGGAGGCCACACACACUACUGAGCCUCAUUUUGACUUGUUUUAAGGACAUUACAUCAAAGUUGGAUCAGCCUGUAGUGUGGUUUUCCACUUUAAUUUUGAGGGUAACUCCAAAUCCAGACCUCCAUGGGUUGAUAAAUUUGAUUUCCAUUGAUAAUUUUUGUGUGAUUUUGUUGUCAGCACAUUCAACUAUGUAAAGAAAAAAGUAUUUAAUGAGAUUAUUUCAUUCAUUCAGAUCUAGGAUGUGUUAUUUUAGUGUUCCCUUUAUUUUUUUGAGCAGUGUAUAUAGGUUAUAGGUUGAGAGCUUUUGUGAAAGAGCACAGUUAGAAAAAUAUGGCAUAUAGAAGCAAACCAGAUGGACAUCAUGAAAAUGAUCGGAGGAAGUUCAGGAGUAAAAACAAACUUGACUGUGUCCAUAAAAUGUAUAUCGUAUGUAUAAGCUGUAAGUAGAGGCCUAAGCAUUGUUGUUCACUAGUUUACUCCAAUUAGGGAAGGGGUGGUGGGGUUGGAAAGUAAUGAAGGGAAAUAAUGAAGUGGUAGGCCGCACAAGUUCACAGUACAAGACCGCUGAGUGCUUUUUGGUAAACUCCAAGCGAGCUGUCAUGUGCCUUUUACUGAGGAGUGGCUUCUGCCUGGCCACUCUACCAUAAAGGCCUGAUUGGUGGAGUGCUGCAGAGAUGGUUGUCCUUCUGGAAGGUUCUCCCAUCUCCACAGAGGCUCCUGUCAGAGUGACCAAUGGGUUCUUGGUCACCUCCAAUUGCUGAGUUUGGCCGGGUGGCCAGCUCUAGGAACAGUUUUGGUGGUUCCAAACUUCUUCCAUUUAAGAAUGAUGGAGGCCACUGUGUUCUUGGGGAUCUUCAAUGCUGAAGAAAUGUUUUGGUACCCUUCCCUAGAUCUGUGCCUCAACACAAUCCUGUCUUGGAGCUCUACGGACAAUUCCUUCGACCUCAUGGCUUGGUUUUUGCUUUGACAUGCACUGUCAACUGUGGGACCUUAUAUAUGUGCCUUUCCAAAUCAUGUCCAAUCAAUAGAAUUUACCACAGGUGGACUCCAAUCAAGUUGUAGAAACAUCUCAAGGAUGAUCAAUAGAAACAGGAUGCACCUGAGCUCAAUUUCGAGACUCAUAGCAAAGGGUCUGCAUACUUAUGUAAAUAAGGUAUUUCUGUUUUUUAUGUGUUUAAUAUUUUCUAAAAAUUCCAAAAACCUGUUUUCGCUUUGUCAUUAUGGGGUAUUGUGUGUAGAUUGAUGAGGGAAAAAAUGUAUUUAAUCCAUUUUAGAAUAAGGCUGUAACUUAACAAAAUGUGGAAAAAGUCAAGGGGUCUGAAUACUUUCCGAAUGCACUGUACCUCUAUCACUCCAGUAUCCCUGCAUAUUGUAAAUAUAGUAUUAGAAGUGACCCUGUAUAUAGCUUCUUACUUUCUCCUGUUUUUAUUAUUUCUUAUUUUUAUUUCUUGUGUCUUUUUGUUGUACCUUAUGAGAUUUGUAGUGCUACAUUGAUAUUUAUUACUGCAUUGUUGCGUUUGGAACUUGCAAGAAUGGCAUUUUACUGCACGUGACAUUAAAACUUGAAACACACACUCACUCACACACACACACACACACACAGCUGGUCAACAGGUAGGAAUAGUGUAUACUACAAUAGUGCAAUAUGGUAAUUCUCUGUAUCUUCCCUCUCUCUCCAGUCUGGUGUGCAGUAACGCGGCCCGGUUCCGUCUGGCUGCUGGUUCCAGGAGGAAGCUGUUAGAGAUGGGCCUGAGGAGAGCACAGGGACCUGACGGGGGCCUCACAGCCUCAAGAUACACAUACGUCGGAGGUGAGGAGAGACACGCAUACACGCAAGGACACACACACUCACACACACACACACUAACCUACUCCUCUGUAUUUCUGUCUGUCAGGGUUUGAUCUGACCAGUAACGUACAGGCUGGCUUCCUGUUUGGAAUCCCCGUGGCGGGAACCAUGGCACACUCCUAUGUCACUUCCUUUUCCUCCCUGGAGGAGGUGUGGCCUCAGGUGAGUCUCUCCGCCCCUGUGUGUCCUAAAUGGCACCUUAUGGGCCCUGGUCACUAAAAACGGAAUAGGGUGCUAUUUGGGAGACAGACUUUGUAUUGACCCUUUGCUUUCACAAUACACAACCUCAGAGAAAGUAAAUACGUUUGUCAAGUGUCUCAUAACUUCAAUAUGUCAGUAUUUUCACCAUGGUUGUGAGCCAAAUGGCACCAGAUUGCCUACACAGUGCACUACUUUUGACCAGGGCCCAUAGAGAAUAGGGUGCCAUUUGAGACCCAGACACGCAGCCCAUAUGUACACCGCAAAUGUAUGAAGUGAACUAGCCCUAAUUAAUUACCUUAGAAUAGAAACAUUUCCGAACAUUUUAAUAACAUGUUGAUAACCGUUCUCUGUGCUAUUUAUCGUAUGUGUAUAUACAGUAUGUUGUAUGGUUGUUAAUGUUUUAAUGUUGUUUCUUACCCUGACUGGACUACAGAUUUCCCAAUUGGGACAAAAAGGAUAUUGAUUUAUAUCUUAUAUUGAUUGAUUGGUUGAACUGCCUGUCUCUCCUGUCCAAUUAGACGCUAGUGGCAGCAAACGGGGACCAUGACAACAUCGAUCUGAUCUCGCUGACCAAGGGUUGGCUGGGGCGUGUGUGUGAGCUGCUGGAGGCGGAACCUGGGAAGAUCCAUGAGGGAGAGCUGGCUGCCUUCCUGUCCUACGCCAUCGCAUACCCACACAACUUCCUGCCGGUCAUCGACAGCUACAGUGUCACCUGGUAACCCUUCCCACUUCGCUACUCUGCUCGUCUCAACUUGUCUCGUCUCUACUCUGUGAAUGGGGACAUUCCAGCCUCUAAGGACAGCUUCUGACUAGAGAUAGCCUAUUUCCCAGUGUUUCAGUUUUUGUUACUAGCAUUGCUUCAGGGCAGGCUACUACAUUUCCUUCCACCUAUAGCCUGCAAUGGCAUUAAUACUAUCUCUAUUGUGUUUCUGUUGUGUCCCUACAGUAGUGGCCUGCUGAACUUCUCUGUUAUGACCUUACAGUAGUGGCCUGCUGAACUUCUCUGUUAUGACCUUACAGUAGUGGCCUGCUGAACUUCUCUGUUAUGACCUUACAGUAGUGGCCUGCUGAACUUCUCUGUUAUGACCUUACAGUAGUGGCCUGCUGAACUUCUCUGUUAUGACCUUACAGUAGUGGCCUGCUGAACUUCUGUGCCGUGGCCCUGUCUCUGUGUGAGCUGGACUACAGUCCGCUGGGCGUGCGUCUAGACAGUGGAGACCUCUGCAGGCAGUCAGUAGAAGUACGCCAUGUCUUCAGACUCUGCAGCGAGCAGUAAGUAAGGUCCUGUGUGUGUGUCCUGAGUCUGUGUCCCCAAAUGGCACCAUAUUCCCUAUUUAGUGCACUAAAAAUGGAAUAGGGUGCCAUUUGGGACGAAGCCUUAGAUUAGUACCCUCUAAUGACUUUAAUCUUAGUAUAGAGGCUUUGAGUAAAGCAUGUUUGAAAUAUCUCUCUCUAGAUUCUCCAUCCCUGCCUUCCAGUCCCUUCUCAUAGUGGGCACCAAUAACAUCACAGAGCACAGCAUGGCCGAACUCAACAAGAAGGUGAGGAACCAGACAGACAUUACAGAGGCCAGCAGGAGCAGAAGAAUGAGAGUACCUUAUCUAGUUCUCCCUCCUCUCAUCAAGCCUCUCUCCAUCUGAUCUGUCUAUCCCUCUCUCCCUCCUCUUCUCUCCUCUCCUCUCUGAUCUAUCCCUCUCUCCCUCCUCCCUUCUCUCCUCUUCUCUCCUCUCCUCUGAUCUGUCUAUCCCUCUCUCCCUCCUCUCUCCUCUUCUCUCCUCUCUGAUCUGUCUAUCCCUCUCUCCCUCCUCUUCUCUCCUCUCCUCUCUGAUCUAUCCCUCUCUCCCUCCUCCCUUCUCUCCUCUUCUCUCCUCUCCUCUGAUCUGUCUAUCCCUCUCUCCCUCCUCUCUCCUCUUCUCUCCUCUCCUCUCUGAUCUGUCUAUCCCUCUCUCCCUCCUCUUCUCUCCUCUCCUCUCUGAUCUAUCCCUCUCUCCCUCCUCCCUUCUCUCCUCUCCUCUGAUCUGUCUAUCCCUCUCUCCCUCCUCUCUCCUCUUCUCUCCUCUCCUCUCUGAUCUGUCUAUCCCUCUCUCCCUCCUCUCUCCUCUUCUCUCCUCUCCUCUCUGAUCUGUCUAUCCCUCUCUCCCUCCUCCCUCCUCUUCUCUCCUCUCCUCUCUGAUCUGUCUAUCCCUCUCUCCCUCCUCCCUCCUCUCCUCUCCUCUAUGAUCUGUCUAUCCCUCUCUCCCUUCUCUCCUCUCCUCUCUGAUAUGUCUAUCCCUCUCUCCCUCCUCCCUUCUCUCCUCUCCUCUGAUCUGUCUAUCCCUCUCUCCCUCCACCCUCCUCUCCUCUCCUCUAUGAUCUGUCUAUCCCUCUCUCCCUCCUCCCUCCUCUCCUCUCCUCUCUGAUCUGUCUAUCCCUCUCUCCCCUCCUCCCUCCUCUCCUCUCCUCUCUGAUCUGUCUAUCCCUCUCUCCCUCCUCUUCUCUCCUCUCCUCUCCUCUCUGAUCUGUCUAUCCCUCUCUCCCUCCUCUCCUCUCCUCUCUGAUCUGUCUAUCCCUCUCUCCCUCCUCUCCUCUCCUCUCUGAUCUGUCUAUCCCUCUCUCCCUCCUCCCUCCUCUCCUCUCUGAUCUGUCUAUCCCUCUCUCCCUCCUCUCCUCUCCUCUCUGAUCUGUCUAUCCCUCUCUCCCUCCUCCCUCCUCUCCUCUCUGAUCUGUCUAUCCCUCUCUCCCUCCUCCCUCCUCUCCUCUAUGAUCUGUUUAUCCCUCUCUCCCUCCUCUUCUCUCCUCUCCUCUCUGAUCUGUCUAUCCCUCUCUCCCUCCUCCCUCCUCUUCUCUCCUCUCCUCUCUGAUCUGUCUAUCCCUCUCUACCUCCUCCCUCCUCUUCUCUCCUCUCCUCUCUGAUCUGUCUAUCCCUCCUCCCUCCUCCCUCCUCUUCUCUCCUCUCUGAUCUGUCUAUCCCUCUCUACCUCCUCCCUCCUCUCUGAUCUGUCUGUCCAUGUCUCAGGAGAAUGAGAUUGAUGUGGUUGGUGUUGGGACACAUCUGGUCACCUGCACGAGACAGCCUUCACUCGGGUGUGUGUACAAGGUAAAGAGGAUACACACAGACACACACGAACAGAGACACACACGAACAGAGACACACACAAACAGAGACACACACAAACCGAGAAACACACACAAACCGAGAAACACACACAAACCGAGACAAACACAAACAGAGACACACACACACACAGACACACACAAACUGAGACACACACAAACCGAGACACACACACAAACAGAGACACACACAAACAGACACACACACACAAACAGAGAGAGAGACACAGACACAGAGACAGUCUCUGCCCACCCUCUCCUCACUUUCCCUUUUUUAUGUAUCUAUCCUCUUCUACCCUUUCUCUCUCUCAUUUUCAACCCUCUCCUUCUCUCUCGCCAUCAGUUGGUGGAGGUUCGGGGCAGCCCCAGGAUGAAGUUCAGUGAGGACCCAGAGAAGAGUACUGUUCCUGGGAGGAAAGCUGUCUAUAGGAUGCUGGAUACGGAGGGUGAGGAAUCACCCUCUACCAUGAAUAACAUAUAUCCCUGAGUUAUAGAAUCCCUGAAUUAUAGAAUCCCUGAGUUAAAGAAUCCCUGAAUUAUAGAAUCCCUGAGUUAAAGAAUCCCUGAAUUAUAGAAUCCCUGAAUUAUAGAAUCCCUGAGUUAUAGAAUCCCUGAGUUAUAGAAUCCCUGAGUUAUAGGAUCCCUGAAUUAUAGAAUCCCUGAGUUAAAGAAUCCCUGAGUUAUAGAAUCCCUGAGUUAUAGAAUCCCUGAGUUAUAGGAUCCCUGAAUUAUAGAAUCCCUGAGUUAAAGAAUCCCUGAAUUAUAGAAUCCCUGAGUUAUAGAAUCCCUGAAUUAUAGAAUCCCUGAGUUAUAGGAUCCCUGAAUUAUAGAAUCCCUGAGUUAUAGAAUCCCUGAGUUAUAGGAUCUCUGUGCCCUCCACUUACUGUUUAUUUUCUCCAAAACUCAACUAGCUCAAUCUCUGUUUUCACGACACUCACUAACUAACUCACUAACUCACUAACUCACUAACUUACUCACUAACUCACUAACUCACUCACUCACUCACUCACUCACUCACUAACUAACUCAUUCUCUCCUGACUCUAUUUCUCUCUCUCCCUCUCUCCUCUCUCUCUCUCCAGGCCAUCCAUUCCUUGAUCUGUUGUGUCUGUGUGAGGAGUCUGCACCUAAGGCGUGCGUGGCAGUGAGGUGUCAUCCUGUGGUUGGUGACAAGACCUGUCAGUCAAUCACACCUGCUCAGGUCAGCUGUCUACGCCUGGACGUCUACACUAAAGGACAGGUGAGCCUGCUGGACCCUGUCCAACACACACACACUCACACACACUGUGUUUCUUCCUAAGUUCUUCAUAGCUUUCUUUGCUUUCUCUUUUGGGUCUAGACUGGGUAAUUGUAAAGCACUUUGUGACAACCGCUAAUGUACAAAGGGCUUUAUAAAAUAAAUUUGAUUGGUAUCUCCCUCUAUUGCAGAUCACACACCCACUGUGCAGCACAGCUGAGACCAGGGAGAAGGUCCAGAGCUCCAUCCAGACCCUGCACCCCCGACACAAGAGACUGCAGGAGCCAGACUCCUACAUA